GGGACACGCUUUGUUUCAUACCACGUUUAGGGUCGUCGCCCGCCUUCCCUCCUUUCCACCACCAUGAGUUCUAAUACUCCAGCAGAACUGCUCAUGCGAGGGCCCUUAAUUGGCGCAUUUCUCGGUAUGCUUCUAUAUGGUGUCACCUGCAUGCAAACGUUCUUUUAUUUUCAAAAUUAUCCUGAUGAUCGUUUCAUAUUCAAAGCCAUCGUUGCUUCUCUAUGGAGUAUGGAGUCUGCACACGUGUCAUUGGCAAUCUAUGCCAUGGACCACUACCUGAUAGUAAAUUUCUCAGAUGUGGACGCUUUGCAAACGAUCGAAUGGAAUAUACCAGCCAUAUUUACCAUCGGUUUCGUGAUCGAUUUUGUUGUUAACAGUUAUUUCAUUUGGCGAGUCCAGAGACUAAGCAACAAGAUAAUACUCCCGUUGUUAAUGAUGAUGUUCAACCUUGCACGUCUUGGCAUUGGUUUAUAUUCCUGUGUAUUACUUGCUAUCGAUCAUUCUUCAUGGAACGCAUUUCGAGAUGCCUGUUAUCCUAUUCUCGUCGCCGGUACUACAAUGAUUGUCGUCGGUGAUGCGUCGACGGCGUGUAUCCUUGCCUACUACUUGCGUAAAGGGCGCUCUGAACAUUCUUCCAGCAUGAUGACUGGUCUGAUUGACCGCCUGCUCAUUUACACAAUAGGCACAGGCGGACUUACAUCCAUCGUAGAGUUAGCGACAAUGUUGGCUAUGCUUUUAUCCUCUGACUCGCUCUCAUUCAUGGGGAUCACUAUCGUCCAAACGGGGUUAUAUGCGAACUCACUCUUGACUUCGUUGAACAUCAGAAAAUAUCACUCAAAGCUGCUCGAAGAAUCGAGCAGGAAUGGCAUCAGACUCACGACUCUGUCAUUUGAUGCACGUCAUACGGCUGGCCGCCAAGAGACAACUCAGCAAGUGAGGGGUCGUCAUUCAGGGGCAGAAAAGCUUGUCACGCCUAGUACUAUUUCAGCUUCCAUCCACGAUGACCAGGACAUGGGUCACAUACGUUUCGCGCAGAAAUCCAUGGAGUCUGUUGAUGACAUGGGUAUGGCGAGCUAGUGACUGAUUCUUUUUUAUGUACACACCUGUAUUAUGGUACACCCAGGAUCUAGGAGGGCAUUCACUUUACUUUGUUGGAGUUCACUAAUCGCAUCGAAGCCACGUACGAUAAAUCGACUAAUCCCAUCGACCGUUUGAGACAUCGCUCAAAAUAUCGCUGCCUGACUACCAGGAAACUCUUAUACCGUAGGUGCAUUGCUCUUCUCCCUAAACACGUCUUCGAUUCACAAUGUGGCUCUCGAGCUGAUCACAAGUACCAUCGUAAAGUACUAAGUCCCUAAGCUCGAGAUAUAUUCCCCAGUUCAGACUUCUCCAUCUGGUUUAAAGGUGAUCGCAAAAUUGUAUCAGCGCUGGCGUCAGUC